AAGAGCGGGCUCAUUACCAUAUAACGCUUCUUUCAGUAAACGUCGAAGUUUUAAUAAAUGUGUAUGUAGGUAAUAACUACCUAUGCACAUUUUCCAGUAAAAUUAAACAGAAUAUGUGCAACACUUAGUAAAAUAAUUCAUAAUCUAACGUAAUAGUUUAUUCUCCAUAACUUCCAAAAUGUGGAGACGUUUAUUGAUAUAUUGUUUCAUAAUGCUUCCUCAAGCAAUAAGAGCAGUUCAAAUAAACUACAUAAAAGUUCCAUCAGCCGUACAAAAUGACUCAGAGCACUCCAUUAUACUAGAGUGCAAUUACUCGCUGCGUCCAGAUGAUGCCGGACUGGUUGUUAAAUGGUUCCUAAACGACGCCGUUGUUUACCAAUGGAUACCUCCAAAAGAACCGCAAGCAUUAGGCGUAAUGAAAGGCAAACUUAAUCUCGACUAUGUAUCAUCAAACGAUCCAAAAAUGAUGUACAGAUCAAUGAAUAUUAUUAACCCUACAACCGAGUUGGCCGGUGAAUACAAAUGCACCGUGUCCACAUUUACUGAUGAAGAUUUCAGUCUGAAGAAUAUGAUUGUUUUUGUUCCCGAAACUUCUCUGGAAUUGUCUCAUAGCGGUUUUAGUAAUAAGCAAAUAAACUUCACGUGCACUGCUUCAGAAGUCUAUCCUGAACCCAAGCUUAUCAUUUUCAAGGAUGUUAAGGAUGAAUAUCACGACAGGAAAUAUCUAGAUGCCGUUGAGUGGAGUACAAGUAGACUGCCCAGCGGAAGAUUCUCUCUAACUACAACGACUUCAGUCCUCUUGGACACCAUAUCGCCUGGUUCUCUGGUACAUUGUGAUUUAAAAAUUCCUGGUACUGGUUACGUCAAGCGAAAAACGAUGCUUUACUACCCUAUUAGUAAGGACAGUUCUCAAAACUCUACUGUAGACCCAACAGAAAAUGUAAUGUGACUUCUUGUGUACUUAACUCUAAAGUUUAUAAUUCCACUUUCAUUGCCCUAGAUCAUGUUAAACUUCCGCACUUUCCAAGGUAAGUACCGGCUAAAUAUCGCUAAAUAGAGCAUGCUACUACCGUUGAGUGAAGGAUUAAUUACUCAAUGCUACUACCGUAUUACUCAAUGCUACUACCUUAUAACCCAACCAUUUACUAAGCUAUUUCGGAUGUUAAAAAAUGCACAAGAGUUGUGCACAAUUUAUACCUGUUAAUGCUGGUGUUAAUUAUGCUGAUUGAAAGAAUUUGCACCUAAUAAAUCCUGUGAAUAAUGAAAUGUAUCUGUAAAAUUUCCAUUUUAACGCAUUUCUACAAAAAUUAAAAAAAAAUGCGCUAUUGUGGGCACUUUGUCCGUCCCUCUGUCUGUCCGUCCCUACAGCCGUUCGGUGGCUACUACUUCUUUAUCUUAAGAGCUAUUUUCUACUUUUCUCGCUAUUGGGUCGUUAUGCUUGCACCAAGAAAGGAAUUUUUUCUGUGCCGCUUACGAAAAAAAGUGAUCGUCAAAAAUCAAUUUUGUUCAUGUACCAUCAUUUUACACUUUCCUCGAGAUGAUGAUUUAUAAUGUUGUAUUGCUGUCUGUCUGUCUAUCUGUCUGUAUCCGUCUGUCAGUCUGUGUGUCUGUGUGCAAUCCAAUAUUUUUAUUUGGUAAGAUAUUUAGAGGAUUUUUGUAUGUAGACACCUCGAAUAGUGGUACACUAAUAAUGAAUCAAAAAAUUUGUUUUGCGCUUGCGCAAUCCGAUUCAACUAUAAACACGUAAAACAAUAAUUGCUCAUGCCCAGACCCGCAAAUUCGUUAUUUGUAAACCAAUUCUUCUAAAAUUUUAGGAUGAGAUUCUUUUCGUAAACUAAGAUGAAGUAGUACGUCAAAUGUGCAACGCUAAUUUUCUUAUUUGUGACCGGAUUUUUACAAAAUUUUAAGAGAAGUUUCAUCU